UUCAUUUUCUCAAGAAUUUUAAACAUCAGUGCGCAACAAUGCUGUCAGUGAGAGAGUGUGAAAGUAAUCCAAUGUUCAGUUCAGAAUUGUAUCUACAAGAAACUGCUGAAGGAAAGACAGACAAUUUUAUUUCAGUAAUCAGUGAUCUAAAUACUUUAGAAGUAGUCAGUGCCACUGUGAAAUAUUUGUGUCUAAAAAAUGUUCUAAAGUUCAUGAAAAUAAAUGGAUUAAGCAAGACUGCUUCAGAAUUUAUGAAAAAGAGAUGGGAUACAAUGGAAGAAUACUUUGAUGAAUGUCAAGUGAAAAAAAAACCUUUAUAUAACAGCACAACUCACAUGUGUGAAAAUGUCGUUUUAAGUGUCGACUACAACUUCUCUUGGAAAGGUACGAAAAUCACUGAGGUUAAUGUGGAAAUCAUUUUAGGUGACAUCCCAAUAUCUGAAGAUAGCAUUCAUCAUAAUUAUUUUCAGCAACUUGAGAAAACAAUUAUUUAUGAAAGCUUUGACAUAAAAGGGAGCUUAAUUGGUCAUAAACAGCCAUAUAUUGGACUUUUGCAAAAUUUUGAAACUAAUUUUAAUUAUGUAUUGCCAGCAUUUAAUAUUAGUAAUGAAACUAGUAGUAAUCAUACAUUUAAUAAUGAAAGUUUUUUUCAAGAGGAGCUAGACAGUCAGUAUGAAAGCACAACAAAAGUUGAAAACAUAACUGAAAGGUCUGGUAAUCCAGGCUAUGAUAUGGGAAAACCAUUACUAGCUGGAUAUGCUGUGUACAACAAUACAGAUGCAAUAGUAAAUGAUACCCAGGAUCUCUUCUUUUAUGUAGAUAUCAAUGAUGCAACAGGUCUUUUAAUAUGGCAACCAGAUGCAACUAGUAUAUGUAGCCUUGCUUCUACUGAAGAAGUGAUUUUUGGUGUAGACAUGCUCUCUACUUGUAUUUACUCACUGGGUAAAAACUACACCUGUGAUGAUGUUAAGUUGGAAAUAUUAUCCAUGAUGUCUCAACUGAUUCAGGCUGAUACGGUCAGCAAGAUGGGGUCUCCAAACGUCACCAGUGAGGAAAGUUUCCUGCCAGUAAUUAUGGAUACAAAUGAUCCAGGUAAUGAACCAGACAGAUGUUAUGUUCCAACUGCACUGCAGUACGAAGUUAUAUAUCGGGACAUUGCUGAUUCUGGAAGUCGCUCAUUCCCCAUUAAUCAGAUUAUUGGAAUUUCUGCCAGAUUUCAUUACAGUGAAGUACUUAUUACUUCUGGAGGAGACAGUAGUCCAAUUUUAUUGUCAUCAAGUGUGAAGUUUUCUGAAAGUCCAAAGCCAAGUCAGCUUUCAAGGUUUUGGGAAGCAAUGGAGGACCGAUGGUGUACUGAUGGAAUUUGUUGGCGAGAACUAAUGUACCCUUGGACACAUGGAGCAGGUGCAACAUAUGGAUUAUAUAGUGAAAACAUAAUUAACUUGAUGAGAAAUUCUGCGUUAAUUGUGCUUCUUUCUCUUCCCAUUUUGUAUUUUAUAAUACAGAGAAAUCUUGCGAUGAGGUUUUGAACAUACUGUAUCAAAAGGAAUGAAAUACUGGUAAGAUCACUGACAGUAGUUACAUUUUAUGAUGAUGAUUACUGUCACUGAUAUUACACAUAUUUUUGUAUUUUUGUAGAUAUUAGUAGUAACUUAUUGUUAUGAUAAUUAUCAGUUUGAUUAACCAGUUAAUUGCACUGUCAAUGAAAGUAUGGAUGUACCAGUAAAAUGUAUAGUGACAUUUGCAAGGUUGUAAAGGAAGUUAGUUAUAUUCUAACUUUUGCUUUUUCAUGUCAUAUAAAUUAUCUGCAGAGCUGGACAGACAGUGUAUUUCAAUAUUACAGUACUUUUCAGUUGAACUGCAUGAAUGUUUUGUAAAUGUUCUUGAUCUCACUAUACAUAUAUUUAGGGUUUUAUAUUUUGCAUUUACUGUACAGGAAGUCCCCGGGUUACGACAGGGGUUCCAUUCUUGAGACGUGUCGUAAACCGAAAAUCGUUGUAAGCCGGAACAUCGUCAAAAAGCCUAAGAAAACCUUACUUUUAAUGCUUUGGGUGCAUUGAAAACUAUGUAAACUGCAUUCUUAUGGCAUUUUUCAUAUAAAAAACCUUCAAAUAUUGAUUAUUUUGCAUUUUUGGUGUCAUAUUUCAUCUGCCAGAUGAGCGCUGUAGGCGGCAUAACCCUGGAAAUAAUGUCUGAUGGAUAUAAUUGAAAAGCGUCGUAACCUCGGAACGUCGUAAGCCGAGAUCGUCGUAACCCGGGGACUGCCUGUAUUUGCAUUCUUCAGUUUAACUGUUAGGAUACAUCUUGUUUGUUUUAAAUCUGCAGUGCCCUAUGCAACCACUACUGUAUUUUCAAAUAAGAAAUGAGAGUCUACUUUGUUCAGUGUACGUAACCUAAUUUAUUCAUAUAAAAUGAAUAUGUCAUGUGAUACAUUCAUAUUGGCACAGAGAGGUACUUCCAGCUCUUAACAAAGUAAAAUGGCAGAACUUUCAAGAUCACAUGUUGCACUGAAAUCCUGAAGUUUUUAAGACUAACUCAAGAAAAUAUUCCUGAAUAGAUUUAUUUUACUAAAACUCAAAAAAAAGGCUGUCAGUAAGAGAAAACUGGUUACAGUAAUUAAGAAAAGUGGGAAACUUUAAAGCUUUGGCACAUACAACAACACAUAUUGUUCCUAUUUUAUCUGAGGGCACUUUAACUGGAUAAUUGAGGCUGUAUCAGUGAUGUUUUUUACUUGUAAACAAAGUAGUACUUAUUGAGUGAUUACUACUUUUACAUAAAGCUCGUGUG